CAUACAUGAAACGGCGGCACAGCUCCGUCAGUGACAGCCAGCCUUCAGAAUCAUCCUCCACUGGAAUAGAUUACAGCCAGGGGGCCAGCCCACAACCGCAGCAUCAGCUCAAGAAGCCACGGGUUGUCUUGGCUCCGGAAGAGAAAGAAGCUCUGAAACGGGCCUAUCAGCAAAAGCCAUACCCAUCACCAAAAACUAUCGAGGAACUUGCCACACAGCUCAACUUGAAGACCAGCACCGUCAUUAAUUGGUUCCACAAUUAUAGGUCACGUAUUCGUCGGGAGCUGUUUAUUGAAGAAAUCCAAGCUGGGGGCCAGAGCCAGGCUGGGUCGAGUGACUCUCCUUCAGCUAGAAGCAACCGGGCAGUUCACAGCUCCGAAGGAGACAGUUGUGAUGGGGUGGACACGGAAGGCCCAUCGGAUACAAAACAAGGCAGCCUGGAAGCCGAUGAGUACAGCAAUGCAACCAUGAAGUCUCAGGGAGGGCGAGCAGCGUCAGCUUUCGAAGCAGGGGAAGAGGCACUGCGAGACGCCGGAUCUUCGGAGAAAACGGAGACAUUCCAGUUGGGAAUGGAGAGCUUGGAAGACACAGAUGACGAGGGAAGGCUCAAAGCACCGCGUCAGGGUUCUCCACUGAGCUCUCAACAUUCAGGAGAAACUCUGGAGGCCAGGCCCAACUGUGCUCCAGAAGAGGAUGCCUCUACCUCAGUCCUUGCAGGGCAGAGCUCCUGCAAGCCCAGGGGAGAAAGUGUGGAGAAAGUGCCCAUUGUGCCAAGUACCAGUUCCACGCUGGCCAUCACCAGCUCUCAGAAAUCCAACUCACUCAAGAGCUUGUUCAGCUUUUCUGAGGCAGCAUGCUCCAAGAACACACGGGACAACACUUUGAGGAAAAAGAAGGCAGCAAAUUUGAACAGUAUAAUCCACCGUUUGGAGAAGGCUGCGAGUCGAGAGGAGCCCGUUGAAUGGGAGUUUUGAGAUUAAGCUCACCCAGCUCCACAGAGCUGGGGAAGUUAAAACUUGGACCUCUGUCGGUUUCUAUUGUGUCCCGCACUUACCGCCCUGCAGGCCACGGGGCAAAAAAUGCCAUAGGCCAAGGUGCAUAUAGAGAACAAAAGGAGUGUUUUAAGCCCAGUUUUAUGUUUGUGUUUUCAAGGAAGAAAACUGAAACUUGUCCAGCUUUUUGUACCCUGAAGUGUUUCUAUUAAUUGCCCUAAAGUGAUUUCCACAGUUUCUGGGGAAGAAAAAAAAACUCAUACAGCUUUUGCCUUCUGCCCUCCUCUUUGGUGUGGGCUUUAAAACAAAAAUAUAUA